CGAUUAUCUAUCAAAAUGCAGCAACGAUUUGAGCCAUUGAAGAAUGAUCUACUGUUGAGAGCCGCUCGGGGCGAGAAUGUGCAACGCCCGCCAAUAUGGGUUAUGCGACAGGCCGGCCGCUACCUUCCGGAAUACCACGAAGCGAAGGGCAACCGCGACUUUUUCGAAUGCUGCCGUGAUCCCGAAGUUGCAUCAGAAAUCACCAUCCAACCUAUUGACCGGUACGACGGCCUCAUCGAUGCCGCCAUCAUCUUCUCUGAUAUCCUAGUGAUCCCACAGGCCAUGGGGAUGCAGGUGGAGAUGGUCGACAAGAAGGGCCCGCAUUUCCCCGAGCCGCUCAAGUCGCCCGACGACGGACAGUACGAGAAGAUCAUGCAGCGCGAGGUAGACGUUAAGGCCGAGCUGGACUACGUCUACAAGGCGAUUACACUCACCCGGAAAAAGCUAAAGGGCCGGGUUCCCUUGAUUGGCUUCUGCGGAGCACCGUGGACUCUGCUCUGCUAUAUGGUUGAAGGCGGGGGUAGCAAGAUUGUGCAGUCCAAGACGUGGGUGUACAAGUACCCCAAGGAGUCUCAGGCUAUGCUGCAGAAGAUUGCCGAGAUUUGUGUGGAGUAUCUGGCUCUGCAGGUUGCUGCGGGCGCGCAGCUGGUUCAGGUGUUUGACUCGUGGGCUGGAGAGUUGUCUCCGGCGUCUUUUAAGUCGUUUUCGCUUCCCUAUUUGCGAUAUAUUUCGGCACAUCUGCCAAAGAGGCUGACGGAAAUGGGUUUGGAGCCUGUGCCCAUGACGGUCUUUGCCAAGGGCGCUUGGUAUGCUCUUGAGGAUCUGUGCGAAUCCGGGUAUAAUGUUGUUGGUUUGGACUGGCUGCAUGAUCCUGCCGAGGCUAUGCGCAUUGCCAAUGGCAGGGUGACGAUCCAAGGAAAUGCUGAUCCUGGAGUCUUGUACGGAGGCCGGGAGGCUAUUACAGCUGUUGUGGAGAAUAUGGUGCAGGGAUUCAAGGGCGGAAAGCAAGGUUGGAUUGCUAACUUGGGCCACGGUGUAACUCCGUUUGUGAAACCAGAUGACCUGAAGUUCUUCUUUGAAGAAAUCCACCGUCUGACAGCUUAGAAUCGGCUAUAUUUGGUAUUUAUCUGAAUUGGAACUAUGUACAUGUAUAUCACAACCUCUGAGCCGGGCAUGGUUAUGAUGAUAUAUUCGAGCAUUAGACAGCGAUAUCCUCAUUCCUGUGUUCAUAUAUUAUUGUGGUCAGUAUGGUAUGCUUGGAUGCGGUAGAACGGCUAAAAAAGAUCGCACAAGGGUAUGGGUAUGGAUUGGGUUAUGAAAAGAAAUUUCACGCAGUGUAUGAGUCAGUCAGACAAAAAGAAGAAACAAACAUUACUCACCAGAGCUCCGGCUUCUC